AUGAGCAACCUAAGAUAUUCUUCUUGGUUCAGUCGUAUUCGAGCUGAGGUUAACACCCUUUCUAUCACCCACAAGGUCCCCAACGCGACUGUUGAUUUUGGUAUCGUUCCCGCUGGUGAAACCAAUCCUGACGCCUCUCCAGAGAUGAUUCCUGUUGGUGGUUCAGCCGAGUAUAUUCUGAGGAUCUUCCCUGAAACCGGGCAGACCAUCGAUGGUCUAGUCGUGGCUACAGCGACUGCCGGGCCUUCCAUCGAUGAUCUGUCCAGGCUUGGUGUUGGCGAUGAGAAUAACCACCAUAUGCUGCACGAGUCUCAGGAGAUUCCUCUACGGGUGUACGGGAUUGCCAAAGUUCCUCAUCUUCUUUUCACCAAGGAGGACUCAACAGACCAGAGGGUCCUUACUACUGAGGACGGCCAUGUGCGCAUCGAUUUCG